AUGAGGGUAAUUUGGUCGAGCAGAUACUCCAUUAAGGCAUUAACAACAAACCCAGCCACAGCUCCCAGAAUUCCCCUCAUCCUCGAUCAUCCGAGAAUGACCAUGGGAGAAUCCGAGGAACUGGAGGGCUUGAAGCGGGCAUACGCGGAAAUGAUACUGAACACAGCAAAAGAGGCGGCAGCGCGCGUAAUGGCAUCUGAAAUCAAAGCUCGGAAUUUUGAGCUGGAUUUGAUUUCAUCUAAAGAGGAGGCCACUCGAAUUCUUCUCCGCUUGAAACAAAUGAUCGAUGCCAAGACCACUGAAGCAGAGAUCACAUCUUUGAAUCAGCAAAGAAGAAUUGAUGAGCUUGAAUCUCAGCUUAAUGAAGCAGAAGGGAUUAUACUAGACCUCAGAGGUGAACUGAACCAGGUACAGGAGGAAUUAGUCGAGGCAAAGAACAAGAAUGUGCAUCUUUUGAGAAUGAAUGAUGUUAAAAGACCAGAUUUUGAUGUGAUCACUCUUGAGAACGAAUUAUUUGGUUCAGUGAAACAAAAUGCAAAGUGGAAUUCUGAAUGUGAUACUUGUUGUGUGGACAACCCAGUUUUGGCUUCGAUAAUUACAACUAGCAUGGAGCCUGAGCUGUAUAGGAAUGGUUGUACGCAGAGAAUUCGUGCAAUUGAGACUAUAUUAGUGGAUGAGAAAUUGCCUACCAUAGAUGAUUCGCAUUCUACUUUAAAGAGUGAAAUGACAGAGCCAGGUGAGGAUUUAACUAUUCCCUCUUCAAAAAUUGAGAAAUUGGAAAUGAUGCAAAAUAUAAGGAUUGGUGCUAAACAUCAGUCCCUCAAAUCCUGCAAGUUGCAAAGAAAAAGAACUCAUACUUGCAAAGCCAAAGCAAAAUCAUGCAAGAAUCGCAGCCGGCCAUAUCUAAAGCCGCAUCAAACACAUUCGCCAAUUUCUCAUUGCAGAAGUUAUUCACGUGUUGGUAAUGAUUUUGGUCUUGCUUCAACCAUCAACGAUAAUAUAAAUACCAUUGAAAAUUCUUGUGGGUUGGAAGAAAAAGUUAAUUUUGACAAUAAUCAAGCUGUUUCUGUUGUCCGUAGAAGUCUUAGAAAAAGAAAGCCCAAGUACUGGGGCGAUGUUGUUUCCUCGUGCCAGUCAAUUCACUCUCAUCGGUUAAAAAAACCUCGUCAGCCUUUGUCUGAUCUCUCCUAUUCUAAGUCGAACAAAGUCGAGUGCAUUUUGAAAUCUGGCAACAAUCAGUUGAAAGCAGAAGACAAAACCAAGACCGAUCAGCGUGACCAUGUAGCAGUAUUCCCGAAUAGUGAAUCUAGCUGCCCAGAGAAUCAACCAGAGAAUGACAUGGAGUUGAUGGAUGUGUUGGUGAAGUUGGAUGAGCAGGCUGCACGGCUUGACUUGGAUAGCUUUUCUCAAAUUAAUUGCGACCUCACAGGUGGGGAAAUUUCUGGAAAGAAUAACAUUAGUCAAGCAGACAGCGAAAGGCAUUUUAAAUACACAUUCAGCAGGAAGAGGAAUAUGAAAUCCUUGAUCAAACGUACAGAAAAUUCUUCUUUUGGAGAAAACUAUUCGAAAAAGAGGUCUCUCGAGAGAGACAGCACCCCUUCAGGAUUGCAGAAUUCUACCUUGAUGAACAAAUCAUCUACGAACAGCAGUCGAGUGCUGCAGGUCGCUCAUCAGCUGAUUUCGUUGUCUGGGAAGCGUCAAUGA